AACGUGCCUCUCCAGACGCACGCUGGUGGCACGCUGGUGGCCAAGCGCAUUAAACAAAUGCAGACUGCGAUGUGGAGGUCAGUCUCUCACCACCAGAGCACCACCACUAAACCCCCCCAUCUCUGCUCCCUCUGUCCUCCACAAACAAGGGAUUUCGCAUUGCACUCCUUCACCGCAUCCUGCAAGUCACGUCUCGCUGUGUGGUGUGUCCCGGUGCGUCGUCGUCCUCACACCGGCCGAAGUGAUGCUCUGAGCUGCACUGUUGAUCCCCAGCUGUCGCCUCACAUCUCUGCUCUGCUGCAGCAAACCCGGGCAGGAAAUGGUCCCGUGCUCAACUACCCGUCCAGAGGUUAGACUCUCAGUCAACAGAGGGUCACAGCCACCAACACAUCGCCCACCAUCCUCCUACCUGGCGAGAGUCCUCCAUCUGCCUGCAUCCAUCUAACCAGCAGUGAAGACAGACGGGAAAACUCACACUGUAGUGCUACUGCCUGUGUGUCAGUACCUAUAGUGUUCACCCCCCAAGCCCCAAGCAAGUGUGUGUGUGCACUGAUGUGUGUCAAGGUGGAGAGCUAAGAGGAAGACGAGGACCAAGUCAGCGAAGCCGAGCCAGCUGCUGCGUAUGUGUGUGUGUGUCAGGGUCGAGUAGUGAAACUGUGUGUGUGUGUGAGGGGGCUAUAGUGUCGACCAGGCUAUGAGUGCGUCUCAGAGGGAGAGGCCGUUGGAUGCUGAGUUGAGCUAAGGGAGCAGAAGAGGAGAAUCUGUAAAGAGGAGCAGCCAUGGGGCUCGGACAGUCCAGCAAGGCUCCGGUCACCGAGGACACAGACGAGGUGAAUUUCGACCACUUCCAGAUCCUGAGGGCAAUAGGAAAAGGAAGCUUCGGAAAGGUCUGCAUUGUACAGAAGAAGGACACCAAGAAGAUGUACGCCAUGAAGUACAUGAACAAGCUGAAAUGUGUGGAGCGCAACGAAGUGAGGAACGUCUUGAAAGAGCUGCAGAUAAUGCAGAACCUCGAACAUCCUUUCCUGGUCAACUUCUGGUAUUCCUUCCAGGAUGAGGAGGACAUGUUUAUGGUGGUGGACUUGCUCUUGGGAGGAGACCUGCGCUAUCACCUCCAGCAGAACGUCCACUUCGCAGAGAGCACCGUCAAACUCUACGUCUGUGAGCUGGCACUGGCCCUGGGAUACCUCCGCACGAAGCGCAUCAUACACAGAGACAUCAAACCUGACAACAUACUACUGGAUGAACACGGUCACGUCCAUCUGACAGACUUCAACAUCGCAGCCAUUGUAAAAGAAGACCUAAAAGCGACGUCCAUUGCUGGGACCAAGCCGUACAUGGCUCCGGAGCUGUUCCAAACCUUCAAGGGAUCCCACCCUGGCUACACCUUCUCGGUCGACUGGUGGUCGCUGGGCAUCACAGCCUACGAGCUACUAAGAGGACAGAGACCAUAUGUGAUGAGAUCCAGUACACCUGCUAAUGAGAUCCUUCAGACCUUCCACAAGGUCCAUCCCAGCUACCCAGCGGCCUGGUCUUUGGAGAUGAAGUCUCUAAUCAGAAAGUUGCUGUGCAUAGAUGUCCAGAAGCGCAUUUCCUGUCUUGCAGAGCUGCAGGAUCUGGACUACAUGUCAGAUGUCAACUGGGACGCUGUGCUCAGCAAACAGCUUCCUCCCGGCUUUAUUCCCAAUAGGCGGAGACUAAACUGUGACCCUACAUUUGAGCUGGAAGAAAUGAUCCUGGAGUCCAAACCACUUCACAAGAAGAAGAAAAGGCUUGCGAGAAAAACUAAGGACCAGGGAUCUGAUGGGUCUCCACAGAACGGUCAGCUGCAGCAGAGAUUGGAUAACGUCCAGAGAGACUUCAUCAUCUUCAACAGAGAAAAGUCAAAGAAUGUGUCGGUGGACUCAGACUCGCCUGAGCUGUCCACGAGUGAGAAGAACAAGCAAAUAGAGGACGGACAGAACAACAAUGUUGAACCGACUACCUUCUUAUCAGGAUAGGUCUCAAGACCCGAGAUCCCUACGUAGUCCCUUAUCACUUGCACCUGCCCACGGCUUGUAGAUCAGCAAUUAACACCCAGACACCUAUUGUCCUAUCAGCACAGGCACUCUCAUCUUCAAUGUUCCUGCACCACUACGUCGUCCGUACAAACACAAAUGUACUUGUGCUUCACCGUCCACCCACAAAAAAACACACCAAGAGCUCCAGAGCUGCAGGAGUGAAAUGGACUCCAAAAGCAGCAGCAGCCAUGCCAGACCCAGGCUUUUCGCUUUCCUGUCAUUAAGAAGAAUGACUCUCCGCAGAGUGUCACUCAUAUCAUGCUCCCUUACAUCACUCUGGUGCUCUAAGGUCUGCUCAGCCUCAACUCUGGGCAGUGUGCUGAAGUGAAAAGGAAGUCACUCCCCUGCCAAAAAAAGGAGACAUUACCCACCCUGCUCAGCUGUUACAGGAAAUAAAGUCUGACGUGGUCGGCUUUGGCUGAAAGUACUGUUGCUGUCUUUGGCGGGACACUCAGAUUUCUAAUCUCAGCGAUGCAUUUUCUGGUUAAUUGCAGUUAUUUAAAUAUAACAAUGGUUCUCCAGUGCUACGGAAAUGGACCUUACAAGAAUUGGCAUGAGGAGUCGGGUACUGAAAAGCAAACGCUUGGGUGGACGGCUUUGAGAUUCGAGCAUGGCAUUAAGAGUCCAACUCAUUCAAACGGAGAGGUUAGUAAGAUAAAAAUGAGGCCUUUGUUUUUAAGACGGCAACCACAGAUUCCUCUAAGAUAGAAAAUGAAGAGCUGAACUGUAGGCUUGAGCGUGAAUGGCAAACUUUAUCAUAGCAGCAGACUCAUGGUUGUCUUAGUCAUUAUGCUUAGCUUUGCUAGUCAAGCUAACAAAGAUUGUAGGAUUGCAACAUUUGAUACCUGGUAUGUCCCAGCUCAUCAGCUGCAGAUAGAGGCAACACAUGCUGCAAGUUUUCUUCACUUGCCUAUACUUUUAAGUUACGAUUGAGUCAAUAUAGAAAUUUGAAAUGCAGUUAAACAAUGGUUUUAAGGUUAACCUUGAAGGUCCACUCUUGACCUUGCAUUCCAUUAGAGCUGGGAAGUCAGAAUUUGGAAAUUCCAACUGGAACGCCAAUUGAAGUCGUAUUUCCGACUCGGAAAGUCGGAUGAACCUCACCAACCCCGAACUCAAAAUCCACGAUGGCUGCUGCACAUCAACAGUCAAAAAGCUGCAGUAAUAUACAGUUUAUUUGCACUUCUGUCUUAUUUGUGUCUAAUUAAAGGUAAAAUUGAUAACACUGAUAGCAUUCAGCAACUAGAUAUCUCAUUCUGCCUCCCUCGUUCCAUUGCAUUUACUUCACAACAAGUCGAUGCCAGGCACUUAGCAUCAAUCUCAGCCAUUUAUCCAUUUUUUUCCACACCAACUGACGACCCAGAGAUACCACG